AUGGAACGAAGAGAAAUCAGGCUUCCAUCUUUGAAGAGCAAAGAUUUGACCCUGGACAAACCAAGGUCUGUGCUUCAGCACAUAAUCCACAUCCUCCUCAGAGUUUUUCCAGUCACUUUUCAGACGGUUCCCGAUGGCCCUCCUGGGGACAGGCACACCAAAGACCUUCCCAACCAAAUAGAAGGAUUCAAAGUGACUAUGGACACUAGAGGUAAGGGCAGUGGUGGAGACCCUAGUCUCGUUGUUUUCCAUGGUGAAGGUAAAGUGGCCUUUAUGGAUGGUGGUGGUUUCAAGCGGAGCAUUCCUCCUGGGGUUGGGGUGAAGUCUAGGACUUGA